AGGAGUCUGCGGCCUGGCUGCAGCUGACCGACUGAACAAUGGCUCAGUUUCCCACACCCUUUGGAGGGGGUCCAGACACUUGGGUGAUCUCUGUGGAUGAGCGAGCCAAACAUGACCAACAGUUCCACAGUCUGACGCCCACACCCGCCGGCUUCAUCACCGGUGAUCAGGCUAGGAAUUUCUUCCUGCAGUCGGGCUUGCCCGCCCCCAUCCUGGCCCAGAUAUGGGCGCUGGCCGACCUGAACAACGAUGGCAAGAUGGACAUGCAGGAGUUCUCCAUCGCCAUGAAGCUCAUAAAGCUCAAACUGCAGGGUCACCCGCUGCCCCCCACCCUGCCCCCCUCCAUGAAGCAGCCGCCCGUCUCCAUCCCCCCAGCCGCGCCGUUCGGAAUGCCUCCCAUGGCACCAAUGCCAGGUCUCCCAGGAGUACCCCCGAUGCCCAUCCCCCCUCUCCCAGGCGUUCCAGGGGUGGGCAUGUCUCCGCCUCUCGUGUCAUCCGUGCCCCCUCCCGUGCCCCCCAUGGCCAACGGUGCACCCGCCAUGAUGCAGCCCAUAUCAGGGUUCUCACACCAAUCCGCAGCACUGAACAAAAGCUCCUCUUUCAACCGCUCCAGUGCCAAGUUGCAGAAGGGUUCAUCCUUUGAGACACCCAGCGCCCCUGCGGCCCCCCCGCCCGCAGACUGGGCUGUGCCCCAGUCCUCACGGCUAAAGUAUCGCCAACUCUUCAACAGCCAUGACAAGAUGAUGAGUGGCCAUCUCACGGGCCCUCAAGCCAGAACCAUCCUUAUGCAGUCCAGCCUGCCGCAGGCUCAGCUAGCUACCAUCUGGAACCUGUCAGACAUAGACCAGGACGGGAAGCUGACCGCGGAGGAAUUCAUCUUGGCGAUGCACUUGAUUGACAUGGCUAUGUCUGGCUUGCCCCUCCCACCUCUGCUUCCCCCAGAAUUCAUCCCGCCCACUUUCAGGAGGGUCCGCUCGGGCAGUGGGGUCUCGUUGACCAGCAUGCACUCAACAGAUCAGAGGGUUCCAGAGGAACCAGAGGAGGAGGAACAGCAGAAUGCUGAGAAAAAGCUUCCAGUGACUUUUGAAGACAAGAAACGGGAGAACUUUGAACGGGGGAACUUGGAAUUGGAGAAGCGUCGUCAGGCCCUGCUGGAGCAGCAGCGGAAGGAGCAGGAGAGACUGGCAGCUCUGGAGAGAGAGGAGCAGGAACGGAAAGAGAGGGAGAGACUGGAGCAGGAGAGACGCCGUCAGCAAGAGCUGGAGAAACAGCUGGAGAAGCAGAGGGAGCUGGAGCGACAGAGAGAGGAGGAGAGACGCAAGGAGAUCGAGAGGAGAGAGGCGGCCAAGCGGGAGCUAGAGCGCCAGCGUCAGCUGGAAUGGGAGAGGAACCGCAGGCAAGAGCUUCUGACUCAGAGGAACCGAGAACAGGAGAACAUCGUCCUCCUCAAAGCCAGGAAGAAGACCCUGGAGUUUGAACUGGAGGCUCUGAACGACAAGAAAAGUCAACUAGAGGGAAAACUGCAGGACAUCCGUUUCCGCCUGUCUGCCCAGAGACAAGAGAUCGAGAGCACGAACAAGAGCCGUGAGCAGCGCAUUGCGGAGAUCACCUCCCUGCAACAGCAGUUACAGGAAUCUCAGCAGUGGUUAGGGAGGCUGAUUCCAGAUAAACAGUGUCUGAAUGACCAGCUGAAACAGGUCCAACAGAACAGCAUGCACAGAGACUCUCUGUCAAGCCUGCAGAGAGCCGUGGAGCUCAAAGAGUCGACCCUGCAACAGCUGAGGGAACAGCUGGACACCGUGGAGAAAGAGACGCGCUCCAAACUGCUGGAGAUCGAUGCUUUCAACACCCAGCUGAAGUCUCUGGGUCUAUUUUAUCAGGCCCACGCCACCCGGAUAGAGAGCCUCCGUCUGGAGCUGAUGUUUGAGGAGCAGAGGGGGCGACAGGAGCUGAGGGAGAUCCACAGCAAACAACAGAGGCUAAAGCAGAAAGAACAGGAGGGAGACAUCAUCCAACCGCCCCUGGAAAGGAAGUCUGCUGAGCUGCCGGAGCCCAGGUUGUCCGGCGCCGAUGAGGGUCUGUCCCCGGCUUGGCGGGACGAGGGGGUCGGUAAAGCCGCCACCCCACCCCUGGCUCAGCCCUGGAUGAGCCGUGUGACGGAGGAGGAGGGCCAGAACAGGAGAGACAUGCAGGACAAACUCAACAAGCUCUUCAUGCAACAACCUGAACCCGCUGGCAAACUCAUGGGCCAGUCAGCAUGGCCCACGGGAGAUAAGGCUGCGAUGAGCAGCUUUAAUCAGGAGAAAGUCAAGCUGGUUUAUUACAGAGCGCUGUACCCGUUUGAGGCUCGCAGCCACGAUGAGAUCACGAUCCAGCCCGGAGACAUCGUCAUGGUGAAAGGAGAGUGGGUGGAUGAGUCUCAGACAGGUGAGCCCGGUUGGCUGGGAGGUGAGCUGAAAGGGAAAACCGGUUGGUUCCCCGCCAACUACGCCGAGAAGAUUCCGGAAUCGGAGGUGCCCCUCAGCCUGCGUGGCAGCACCUGUUCGGGCCCCGCCCCCAAAAUGGUCUCCCGCGUCACGCCUACCUCCUCCUCGACCACGCCCACCAACUGGGCGGAUUUCAGCACUACAUGGCCGUCUAACACUGCGGAGAAGCAGGAUAGCGACGGUUGGGACGCGUGGCCCACCCAACCCACCCAGCCAUCCCUGUCCGUGCCCAGCGGGGGACAGCUACGUCAGCGCUCCGCCUUCACCCCCGCCACCCUUACCGGCUCCUCCCCCUCACCCGUACUGGGACAGGGGGAGAAGGUGGAGGGUUUGCAGGCACAGGCGCUGUACCCGUGGAGAGCGAAGAAAGACAACCAUCUGAACUUUAACAAGAACGACAUCAUUACGGUACUGGAGCAGCAGGACAUGUGGUGGUUCGGAGAGGUACAGGGCCAACGUGGCUGGUUCCCCAAGUCUUACGUCAAACUCAUCUCUGGACCCGUCCGCAAGUCUAUGAGUAUCGAGUCUGGCUCGUCAGACAGCCCCCCCAGCAUGAAGAGGCCCAGCCCCUCCCCUAACAAACCCACGGAGAUGGGAGAAGAGUACAUAGCCAUGUACACGUACGAGAGCAGCGAGCAGGGCGACCUGACCUUUCAGCAGGGUGAAGUCAUCACGGUGACAAAGAAAGAGGGUGAUUGGUGGACGGGCACAGUGGCCGGCAAAACGGGUGUGUUCCCGUCCAAUUACGUCAAACCUAAAGACUCAGAGGGCUUGGGACCCGCGGGGAAGUCUGGGAGCCUGGGAAAGAAGCCAGAGAUUGCCCAGGUGAUCGCUCCAUACGCGGCCACGGGAGCGGAGCAGUUAACUCUAGCCCCAGGUCAGCUCAUUCUCAUCCGCAAGAAGAACCCAGGGGGCUGGUGGGAAGGAGAGCUGCAGGCACGAGGAAAGAAGCGUCAGAUUGGCUGGUUUCCAGCCAAUUACGUGAAACUGUUAAGUCCAAGCACCAAUAAGACUACGCCCACUGAUCCCAACCCACCCAAACUACCAGCAGCUAAUGCAGUAUGUCAGGUGAUUGGCAUGUACGACUACACGGCUCAGAACGACGAUGAGCUGCCCUUUGGGAAAGGUCAGAUCAUUAACGUGCUGAGCAGGGAGGAUCCUGAUUGGUGGAAGGGCGAGCUGAACGGAUCCGUGGGUCUCUUCCCUUCCAAUUAUGUCAAACUGACCACAGACACCGAUCCCAGCCAGCAAUGGUGCGCUGACCUCCACCUCCUGGACAUGUUGACCCCUAUGGAGAGGAAGAGACAGGGCUACGUCCAUGAGCUCAUCCUUACUGAGGAGAAUUACGUCAACGACCUCCAGCUUGUCACGGAGAUCUUUCAGAAGCCACUGCUGGAGUCCGAGCUGCUGACGGAGAAAGAGGUCGCCAUGAUUUUCGUCAACUGGAAAGAGCUCAUCAUGUGCAACAUCAAGCUGCUCAAGGCCCUGCGGGUGAGGAAGAAGAUGUCGGGGGAGCGCAUGCCGGUGAAGAUGAUCGGCGACAUCCUGACUGCGCAGCUGCCGCACAUGCAGCCGUACAUCCGCUUCUGCAGCUGCCAGCUCAACGGAGCCACGCUCAUCCAGCAGAAGACCGACGAAGCCCCCGAGUUUAAGGAAUUCGUCAAGAGGCUGGCUAUGGACCCACGUUGUAAAGGCAUGCCUCUCUCCAGCUUCCUGCUUAAACCAAUGCAGAGGGUCACACGCUACCCACUCAUCAUCAAAAAUAUCCUAGAGAACACUCCGGAAAGUCACCCCGAUCACAGUCACCUGAGACAGGCUCUGGAGAAGGCUGAGGAACUCUGCUCUCAGGUCAACGAGGGCGUAAGGGAGAAAGAGAACUCCGACAGACUGGAGUGGAUUCAGGCUCACGUCCAGUGUGAAGGACUGUCAGAGCAACUGGUGUUUAACUCGGUGACCAACUGCCUGGGCCCGCGGAAGUUUCUGCACAGCGGCAAACUUUACAAAGCCAAAAGCAACAAGGAGCUCUACGGUUUCCUCUUCAACGACUUCCUGCUCCUCACUCAGAUCGUCAAGCCCCUGGGCUCCUCGGGCUCGGACAAAGUCUUCAGCGUCAAGUCUCAUCUGCAGUACAGGAUGUACAAAACCCCCAUCUUCCUUAACGAGGUGCUGGUGAAACUGCCGACAGAUCCCUCAGGAGACGAGCCCAUCUUCCAUAUAUCCCACAUCGACAGGGUCUAUACUAUACGCGCAGAGAGCAUUAACGAAAGGACAGCGUGGGUUCAGAAGAUCAAGGCGGCCUCAGAGCUCUUCAUUGAAACAGAGAAGAAGAAAAGGGAGAAAGCCUAUCUGGUGCGAUCUCAGAGAGCCACAGGGAUUGGUAGAUUGAUGGUGAACAUUGUGGAAGGCAUAGAGCUGAAGCCCUGUCGCUCACACGGUAAGAGUAACCCUUACUGUGAGGUUACCAUGGGGUCUCAGUGCCACAUCACUAAGACACUGCAGGACACCCUGAACCCCAAGUGGAACUCCAACUGUCAGUUCUUCAUUAAGGACCUGGAGCAGGAUGUCCUGUGUGUGACGGUGUUUGAGAGAGAUCAGUUCUCUCCAGACGAUUUCUUGGGCAGAACAGAAAUCCGGCUGGCAGACAUAAAGAAGGACCAGGGCUCUAAAGGCCCCAUCACUAAGAGAUUGUUGUUACACGAGGUGCCCACAGGCGAGAUCGUAGUACGGCUAGACCUGCAGCUCUUCGACGAACCCUAA